CGCAUGCGCAGCGGGCGGAGCCUGCGGAAGUCCUGACGGGAAGGUCUUUUUGUUUGGGCCGCUGAGAGAUUCGACACUUGCUUCAAUUCCCCUGGUUCACAACCGUUUUUUAUCUGCAUUAAUUUCGGGUGUCUUUUAUGAAUAAUCAAAAGCAGCAAAAGCCAACGCUAACCGGCCAGCGUUUCAAAACGAGGAAAAGAGAUGAAAAGGAGAGAUUUGACCCUACUCAGUUUCAAGAAAGUAUCGUACAAGGCUUGAAUCAAACUGGCACUGAUUUGGAAGCGGUCGCAAAGUUCCUUGAUGCCUCCGGCGCCAAGCUCGACUACCGCCGGUAUGCAGAGACACUCUUUGACAUCCUGGUGGCCGGCGGCAUGCUGGCCCCAGGCGGGACUCUAUCUGACGACAUGACCCGCACCGAGUUCUGCCUCUUCACGGCACAAGAAGACCUGGAGACAAUGCAAGCAUAUGCUCAGGUUUUUAACAAGCUGAUCAGGCGUUACAAGUACCUGGAGAAGGGUUUCGAAGAGGAGAUCAAAAAGUUGCUGCUGUUUUUAAAGGGGUUCACUGAGUCUGAGCGCAACAAACUAGCCAUGCUGACCGGCAUCCUGCUGGCCAACGGCAACAUAUCAGCCUCCAUCCUGAGCAGCCUCUACAACGAGAACCUCGUCAAAGAGGGAGUAUCUGCAGCCUUUGCUGUCAAGCUGUUCAAGUCCUGGAUCAACGAGAAGGACAUCAACUCUGUUGCUGCCAGUCUCCGCAAAGUGGGCAUGGACAACAGGCUGAUGGAACUCUUUCCUGCCAACAAACGGAGCUGCGAGCAUUUUUCUAAGUACUUCACCGACGCCGGGCUGAAGGAGCUGUCCGACUUCGCCCGCAACCAGCAAUCCAUCGGCGCCCGCAAGGAGCUGCAGAAGGAGCUCCAGGAGCAGAUGUCCCGCGGUGACCCUCUGAGGGAGAUUAUUGCCUUCACCAGGGAGGAGAUGAAAAAGGCCAACCUCUCUGAGCAGGCCAUGAUCGGCAUCAUCUGGACCAGCGUGAUGAGCUCCGUGGAGUGGAACAAGAAGGAAGAGCUGGUGACCGAACAAGCCAUCAAACACUUGAAGCAAUACAGCCCUCUGCUGAAAGCCUUCACCUCCCAGGGUCAGUCCGAGCUCAGCCUGCUGCUGAAGAUCCAGGAGUACUGCUACGACAACAUCCACUUCAUGAAGGCCUUCCAGAAGAUCGUGGUGCUCCUCUACAAAGCGGAUGUGUUGAGCGAAGAGGCCAUACUGAAGUGGUACACUGAAGCCCACCUUGCCAAGGGGAAGAGCGUGUUCCUCGAGCAAAUGAAAAAGUUUGUCGAGUGGCUGAAGAACGCAGAAGAAGAGUCAGAAUCAGAGGAAGAGGAGGCGGACUAGAACCUCCAUCGCCAGAUGAGCUUCUUUUUUCUUUCUUUUCUUUUCUUUUUUUACAAGUAGCAGCAGGAGCAGUAGAAUGUCUUUGCCCUUCUUUCUCUUCUACCUCCUGUUACUUAUUUAUCCUCAAACACACACAGACAUCCUUCCACCACUCCAAAACAUUUAAACGCUAUUUAAACACGACAGGAAAACACGAACAAGGGCUCUGUCCUUAAAGUGGAAAACGAUGAAUCCUCCCUCUCUAUUUUUUUAAUCAUGAUUUUUUUUGGUAUUAUUAUCGUUGUAAUGCCUUCUGUAAUCGGGAAAGAAAACAUUCCAUGUGAUCUCGACGAAUCAGAAUCUGAAAACCUUCACCUUUCUGCCAUGCGACACGAGGCCGACGACAAGAAAUAAAAUGUUUUUGCCAAAGUUUGCUCAUCUCCUGCCCCUUGUAACCUUUUUUUUUUCUUCUCUUUUUGCCCCGCUCAUGUUUUGGCUCGUGCCCAGUCUUAAACUUGGCCUUCUUUCUUGACUUUUGGGUAAACCUGUACUGCCUGUCGAGGUCGAUCUGGUCAGUCCGUGAGAAGACACGCCCCCUCGCCAGCUAACUGAUUAUUAUUGGUUUCUACUUUCUUUAAUCUGAUAUACAAACCGAUUUGACUUUUUUAUGAAAUAAAGAUUAUUGAAAUGGUU